GACAGGCAGCGUGGGCAGCCCCGGGACCUUCCGCGGCGGUGUCGACGGCGGCGAGGGCAGCGCGAGGGGAGAGCGGGACCGGAACCGGGACCGGAACCGGGAGAGAGAGAGAGAGAUGGACACGGAUCUGUACGACGAGUUCGGGAACUACAUCGGGCCCGAGCUGGACUCGGACGAUGAUGACGACGAAUUGGGCCGGGAGUCCAAGGACCUGGACGAGCUGGAGGAUGAUGAGGAUGAUGAUGAGAUGGGGGACCAUGAUGAGGAGCACCCGGGGAUGGAGGUGGUGCUGCAUGAGGACAAGAAGUAUUACCCCACUGCUGAGGAGGUGUACGGGCCUGAGGUGGAGACCAUAGUGCAGGAGGAGGACACUCAGCCCCUCACAGAGCCCAUCAUUAAACCUGUGAAAACCAAGAAGUUCUCCCUGAUGGAGCAGACGUUGCCUGUCACUGUCUAUGAGAUGGAUUUCCUGGCGGAUCUGAUGGACAACUCGGAGCUCAUUCGGAACGUGACGCUGUGUGGGCACCUGCACCAUGGCAAGACUUGUUUUGUUGACUGCCUGAUCGAGCAGACACACCCAGAGAUCCGCAAGCGCUACGACCAGGACCUUUGCUACACUGAUAUAUUGUUCACAGAGCAAGAGAGGGGAGUAGGGAUCAAGAGCACACCAGUGACCAUUGUUCUGCCUGACACCAAAGGAAAAUCUUUCCUCUUCAACAUCAUUGACACUCCAGGCCAUGUCAACUUCUCUGAUGAGGUGACAGCAGGGCUGAGGAUCUCGGAUGGUGUCGUGCUCUUCAUCGAUGCAGCUGAGGGGUGAGUGAUGCUGAACACAGAGAGGCUGAUCAAGCAUGCAGUGCAGGAGAGGCUGGCAGUGACUGUCUGCAUCAACAAGAUAGACAGACUGAUCCUGGAGCUGAAGCUGCCCCCAACAGAUGCCUACUAUAAACUCAGACACAUUGUGGAUGAAGUUAAUGGGCUGAUCAGCAUGUAUUCCACCGAUGAGAACCUGGUUCUGUCUCCCCUUCUGGGGAAUGUGUGUUUCUCCAGUUCACAGUACAGCAUCUGCUUCACCCUGGGAUCUUUUGCAAAGAUUUAUGCAGACACAUAUGGAGACAUCAAUUACCAGGAGUUUGCAAAGAGGCUUUGGGGUGACAUCUACUUCAACCCCAAGACCCGGAAGUUCACUAAAAAGGCUCCAACCAGCAGCUCCCAGCGCAGUUUUGUGGAGUUCAUUCUGGAGCCCCUCUACAAGAUCUUGGCUCAGGUGGUGGGAGAUGUGGACACAACCCUGCCCAGGACCCUGGAUGAACUUGGCAUCCACUUGACCAAGGAGGAAUUAAAACUGAACAUUCGGCCCCUCCUGCGGCUCGUCUGCAAGAAGUUCUUUGGGGAAUUCACAGGCUUUGUGGACAUGUGUGUGCAGCACAUCCCCUCUCCAAAGGUGGGGGCCAAGACAAAAAUCGAGCACACCUACACCGGGGGAGUCGACUCAGACCUUGGGGAGGCCAUGAGUGAAUGUGACCCCGAUGGCCCACUGAUGUGUCACACAACAAAGAUGUACAGCACAGAUGAUGGUGUGCAGUUCCAUGCCUUUGGCAGGGUGCUCAGUGGGACCAUCCAUGCUGGGCAGCCUGUGAAGGUCCUGGGAGAAAACUACACCCUGGAAGAUGAGGAGGAUUCCCAGAUCUGCACCGUCGGGCGCCUCUGGAUCUCAGUUGCAAGGUGGGAAAAGCUCUGGCAGACAUUCCAGUACCACAUCGAGGUGAACAGGGUCCCUGCUGGCAACUGGGUGCUGAUUGAAGGAGUGGACCAGCCCAUAGUGAAGACAGCGACUGUCACAGAGCCUCGGGGCAAUGAGGAGGCUCAGAUCUUUCGUCCCUUGAAGUUCAACACCACAUCUGUCAUCAAGAUAGCUGUGGAACCUGUCAACCCCUCCGAGCUCCCCAAAAUGUUGGAUGGGCUCCGAAAAGUCAACAAGAGUUACCCCUCACUGACCACCAAGGUGGAAGAGUCUGGGGAACACGUGAUCCUGGGCACUGGGGAGCUGUACCUGGACUGUGUGAUGCACGAUCUGCGCAAGAUGUACUCAGAGAUUGAUAUCAAGGUUGCUGAUCCUGUUGUGACAUUCUGUGAGACAGUAGUGGAAACAUCCUCCCUGAAGUGCUUUGCUGAGACACCCAACAAGAAGAACAAGAUCACAAUGAUUGCUGAGCCUCUGGAGAAGGGACUCGCAGAGGACAUUGAAAACGAAGUGGUGCAAAUAACAUGGAACAGGAAGAAGCUGGGGGAAUUCUUCCAGACCAAAUAUGACUGGGAUUUGCUGGCUGCCCGUUCCAUCUGGGCUUUUGGUCCAGAUGCCACUGGCCCCAAUAUCCUGGUAGAUGACACACUGCCCUCUGAGGUGGACAAGUCGCUGCUGGGCUCAGUGAAGGACAGCAUUGUGCAGGGGUUUCAGUGGGGCACCAGGGAAGGGCCUCUCUGUGAUGAAUUGAUCCGCAACGUGAAGUUUAAGAUCCUGGAUGCAGUGAUUGCUCAGGAGCCCUUGCACAGGGGUGGAGGUCAGAUCAUCCCCACAGCCCGCAGGGUGGUCUACUCAGCCUUCCUGAUGGCCACCCCUCGCCUGAUGGAGCCGUACUACUUCGUGGAGGUGCAGGCUCCUGCUGACUGUGUCUCUGCUGUCUACACUGUGCUGGCCAGGAGGAGAGGCCACGUCACACAAGAUGCUCCAAUCCCAGGCUCCCCUCUCUACACCAUCAAAGCUUUCAUCCCAGCCAUUGAUUCCUUUGGGUUUGAGACAGACUUGAGGACCCACACUCAGGGACAAGCCUUCUCACUCUCUGUCUUCCACCACUGGCAGAUUGUGCCUGGUGACCCCUUGGACAAGAGCAUUGUCAUCAGGCCCCUGGAGCCCCAGCCAGCCCCACACCUGGCCAGGGAGUUCAUGAUCAAGACGAGGCGCAGGAAGGGCCUGAGCGAGGACGUCAGCAUCAGCAAGUUCUUUGAUGACCCCAUGCUGCUGGAGCUGGCCAAGCAGGACGUCGUCCUCAACUACCCCAUGUGAACCUCCUGACCCCUCUGCCCAUCCCUGCCUCCAGGGCUCCUCUGCCUGCUCCUCCAUGGCUCUGGAACCUCCCUGGGCAGUCCUGGACCUGGAGCAGCCCCCAGCCCUGAUGCUUUUUGUGUCCUGAGCCUUCAGCAGCCACUGUGGCCCCCAGGAGGAUUUUUUUUUUCCCCUCUGGAUCAGCUCCCCAGCACCCGGGUCAGCCCUGGCUGCAGCAGGAAUCCUGACAUUGGGAUGAGGAAGGAGAGAGCCCGAACCCUCCUCAAAUGUUUGAGGGUUCCUGGCUGGGGGAGGGGAAAUGUUGGGGGGGGAGGUUUACCUUUUUUUACACCUUUUGUGACCCCUCAUAAACAUUU